AUGUCAACAACAAAUAUCUUCCUCAUCAAUCAAACGCAUUUCUACAACAAAACUCUAGAUGUUGCCAGUGCAAAAAUCAUCAUGGAUGUUCGUUCAAGAGCUGAUUAUGACACUUGUCAUGUCAGAGCAAGUUAUUCAACACCUGCUAUUGAAGAUGAUUAUCAUCCUUCAAUGAAUACUGUAGGUCAUGAGUUUUUAUCUUCCAGUAAAACCAAGUUGACCAAUUUGCUUCAGCAUUCAGAAAGUUCAGAUGAAAUCUCUUUGGUUUUGAAUGAAUUAUAUAAGAAUGUACCUGGAUGGACCUUGAGAGGUAUUGGUUAUAAGAAUGUACUUUUAUAUGGUGGCGAGGAAGUUACUGACUUGAAAUUCAGUGAUAUUCAUAACUCAGUUGAGAAUGUUCAAUUUGCUAAUUGUGGAAAUUUAAUUGAAUCACCUAUUAGAAUCAAUGACAGUAUUGAAUUGAAUGAUAUUGCAAAGUAUCCUGUUUUACUACUUGCAGAAUUGUUGAAAAUGGAAGGAUUAGUUGAAAAUUACAGUCAUGUUGUUACUUUUAAAGAUGUAAUUGGUCAUCAAGGUCUCUAUCCAACUGAAAUCAUUGAGAAUUUUCUAUUUAUUGGCAAUAGAGAGAAUGCAAACACUGAUAAGGAACUCACCGACAACGGAAUAACCUUCAUUUUGAAUGUUGCCGAAGAAGUUGAUAAUAAUUUGGAAGAAUUAUUGGUCAACAAUGAAAAAAAGUACAAGUAUUUGAAACUUGGAACAGAUGGUGGUGCAAUUGACCAUUCUGUUUCUCAAUUAUUGUUUGAAAAGGCAAAUCAAUUUUUGAGAAGUGCAUUUGAGAAGAAUGGUAAAGUUUUAAUUAAUUGUAAUAUGGGCAUUUGUAGAAGUACCUCCUUUGCAAUUAGCUAUCUCAUCAAGUUUCAUAAUCUUACACCUGAAGAAGCAUUUAAUCAUAUUAAGUGUCAUAGAAGUGUUGUUUUAUCUUACAAGUCAAAAGUCAAUUGUUAA